GAUUUCCCCGUAAACCUCUCCUCAUAUAGGACUGUCGAACAGUGAAUUUCUUCAAAGGUUUGCCAGAGAUGAGAUGUGCAUGAGUCUAGCUUUACUGAUCCUUUCUAAUCAUCAUCAUUCUGGACAUAACCGGCAGCCGCAUUGGUAAUUUGGGUUUCCCAGGCUUAAGCGAAAUUGUCAAACAAAGGUAACUAUGAACACGCUCAAUCAACAAUACGAGGAGAAGGUGCGUCCCUGCAUCGACCUUAUCGACUCUUUGCGCACUCUGGGCGUCGAGAAGGACCUUGCACUACCAGCCAUCGCCGUGAUUGGAGACCAGAGUUCGGGGAAGAGCUCUGUGUUGGAGGCGCUGUCCGGAGUGGCUUUACCAAGAGGAAGUGGUAUUGUGACAAGAUGUCCUCUUGAGCUUAAAAUGAAAAGGAGGAGAGAGGGAGAAGAGUGGCAUGGAAAGAUCAGCUACCAGGACCAUGAGCUGGAGAUAGAUGACCCCUCGGAGGUGGAGAAGAGAAUUCGGGAAGCCCAGGAUGAGAUGGCAGGUGUGGGAGUGGGCAUCAGCGAUGACCUCAUCAGCCUGGAGAUCGCCUCCCCUGACGUCCCAGACCUCACCCUUAUAGACUUGCCUGGCAUUGCCAGGGUCGCUGUCAAGGGCCAGCCUGAAAACAUUGGGGACCAGAUCAAGAGGCUGAUAAGGAAGUUCAUCACCAAGCAGGAGACGAUCAGCUUGGUUGUCGUGCCAUGCAAUGUUGACAUAGCUACAACAGAGGCUUUGAAGAUGGCACAGGAAGUGGACCCUGAAGGGGAAAGGACCUUAGGCAUUCUGACCAAGCCUGACCUGGUUGAUAAAGGCACGGAGGAGACAGUUCUGGACAUAGUUCAUAACAUGGUGAUUCCCUUGGCUAAGGGCUACAUGAUCGUCAAGUGCCGAGGCCAGAAGGAAAUUAUGGACCGUGUAUCACUGCCAGAGGCCACAGAGAGAGAGAAGGCCUUCUUCAUGGAGCAUGCCCAUCUUAGCACACUUUACAAUGAAGGCCAUGCCACCAUUCCUAAGCUGGCAGAGAAACUAACCUUGGAACUGGUGCACCACAUCGAGAGAUCCCUGCCCCGACUGGAGGAGCAGAUUGAAGCCAAGCUUGCGGACACCCACCUGGAGCUGGAGAGGUAUGGCUCUGGCCCCCCCUCUGGUGCAGCAGAACGCCUCUACUUCCUCAUUGAUAAAGUGACAGCAUUCACUCAGGAUGCCAUCAGCCUGACCACGGGUGAGGAGCUAAACAGUGGAGGCCGCCUGAACAUCUUCUCCAUCCUCAGAAAAGAGUUUGGGAGGUGGAAAGCCCACCUGGACCACUCAGGAGUGAACUUUAAUAAAAAGAUUGAAAAAGAGGUGGCUGACUAUGAGUGGAAGUACCGAGGCAGAGAGCUUCCAGGGUUCAUAAACUACAAGACCUUUGAGGUGAUAGUGAAGGACCAGAUUAAACAACUGGAAGAACCUGCAGUCAAGAAGCUGAAGGACAUAUCAGAUGCUGUGAGGAAGGAAUUCAUACAGCUGGCUCAAAGCAACUUCACAGGCUUCCCAAACCUUCUGAAAAUGGCAAAGACUAAGAUUGAGGCCAUCAAGCAGGAGAAGGAGUCCACAGCUGAGACUAUGAUCAGGACCCAGUUCAAGAUGGAGCUGAUAGUUUACACCCAGGACAGCACCUACAGCUACAGCCUGAGUGAAAGAAAGAAGGAGGAGAAGGAGGAGGAGGAGGAAAUCAAUUUCAGUACACAUGUUCUCUACCCUUUAGACAACAAGGCCUCCCUGCAUGAGAUGAUGCUGCAUCUGAAGUCUUACUACCAUAUUGCGAGUCAGCGCCUGGCUGAUCAGAUCCCUAUGAUGAUCCGCUACAUGAUGCUCCAAGAGUCAGCCUCUCAGCUGCAGAGGGAGCUGUUGCAUAUUCUGCAGGACAGGGAGAACAUGGAGACACUGCUGAAGGAGGACUUUGACAUUGGCAGCAAGAGGAUGGCAUUGCAUAGUCGCCUCAAGCGUCUGAUGCAGGCACGCAGCUACCUGGUGGAGUUCUAGGUGUGUGAGCAAAGGGAUAGGGACGACAUGAGGUUUACCCUUUAAUGUCACGUCUGGCAACGCAAAAAUUCAUUUAAAAUGGUUUUUUUAUAUUUUGCUCUGAAUCAGUCUACUUGUAUCUUAUAUUGGUUUAGUUGGGAACAUACAAACUAUAUCACUUCAGUUAGUACAGUUUACUUAAAACACUGCUUGAAGUCACCAUCUACUGUUGAUCGUUUAAAAAGGUUUAGAAACAAUCUUUGGAACUAAUCCCAUUGAUUACCAAAAUAAUAUAUUGGUCCAUUAAAUAAAUUAAUACCUUUGUA